GCGUCGACGGAACAGGUUGUGUCAAAGCCGAUGCUCUCUCGCAUUGAGCAAACUUACUGUUAUCUGUUACGCGAUAAACCGCAACUAAAACCACUGUUAGAGAAGAUAGAUUGUUUUGUUAUGCGUGAGCUUAAAUUGGUCUAGUUUUCGUGAAAUACACUGUAAAUGUUUGGAUAACGACUAAAACGAUUCAAUUGGGUUUAAUUGAUGAAAUAUAUACUUAAUCAUUGCAAUGAAAUUCCUUCCAUAGUUCUAACGAGUGUUGAAGUUAGUGUCGAUAUUUGAUGUAUGUUUAGUGAGGAUGAAAUUUCACGAAGUCAAUCAUUGAAGUGUUUGCUUCGGGGAAUCGAAGAAAUAAUUGAAAUACUUUGCCGAUCGAAGUAUAUUCGAAAGUUGGAUUAUUAGAUUGUCGGUGGCAGCUCUGUUAUAGGAAACACAUUUUCAACAAUCGACCAAAUACAUUGGGUCACAUCCUAUCGUCCUCGUCCUCGUCCUCGCAGUACAGAGAAACCACCUCACACCCGAACAAGGUGUUGAUGAUGACAGAGGAGUCGUUCGUGUACGGAGUGGAGCUCAAAUCGCCUCCUCCGACAACCAUUACGAACCGCUUGACCCAGUACGACCGUUUACUGAAGAGCGAAGUCAUGUCCGGUCAGUUUGCUAAUCAGUUUCCUGCCAGCCCGUAUCACCAGUGGACCAAAUCGGAUCAAACAUCACCGCUGUUCGUUAACUACGCAACAUCUCCGGAUCUGGUUGAGACAAACAUUACCAGUUCCAUCGGUGAAAUUCUCCGCCAGAACAUCAUCAACGAAUGGCAUCUGCGGGGUGGGUCGACCGUCAGUGCCGGUAACGGAACCGAGCAUGACGCUGCUGUGGAUGUUGUGACCACGGCCAGUGGAGCAGCAGCAGCGUCGGCCGGUCCCGCCGGGGCCAAUCGGGCCAGCGGUGAUUCAACGAUACAGAAUAAUUUGAUUAUACCGCUGUACGUGGUCAUCUUUCUGCUCUCCGUUAUCGGUAAUCUACUGGUGAUUUUCACUUUGGCUCAGAAUAAAAGAAUGCGAACCGUCACCAAUGUGUACCUGCUGAAUUUGGCUAUCUCGGAUCUGCUUUUGGGUGUGUUUUGCAUGCCGUUCACUCUCGUCGGUCAAGUGUUGCGAAAGUUCAUUUUCGGCGGCAUCAUGUGUAAGCUGAUACCCUACUUUCAAGCCGUCUCCGUCUCGGUGGCCGUAUGGACCCUGGUAGCCAUCUCCCUGGAGCGCUACUUUGCUAUCUGCCGGCCGCUCUCAUCCCGACGCUGGCAAACCCAAUUCCACGCGUACAAAAUGAUUACCAUGGUUUGGUUGCUAAGCUUCCUGGUAAACGCGCCACUUUGCUACGUUCAACGACUCCAGCCGGUUCAUCGGUCAAAUUCCAUGCACAUCGGCGUGGGCGGGGGCGGUAGCAGCAGCAGCAGCAGCACUGCCAUGAAAUGCCGAGAAAUGUGGCCGGAUCGAUUCUACGAGAAAUCGUACGUACUGUUUCUGGAUGCUGGUUUGCUGAUUUGUCCACUGCUAUCGAUGGGAUUCGCCUACUGCAUGAUUGUCUCGAAACUGUGGCGCGGACUGCAGCGUGAGAUUUCCCACACGGCCUACCAAAAACACAAAGUACAGAUAAACAACUGCCCAACCGAAUGUUCAUCUUCGGGCGACAUCGCAGUUGAUGCCGUCGGAAAACCACUUGUUCGAUCUGAAACUGUUUGCUUCCUUCUGGUUUCAUCUAAACUGUCGGCCUCCGGGGGAACAUCUAACGUUACCAAGCGUGCCACACCCGUCGCCUCCACCCGAUUCGGCACCAGCCCAAGAACAAGGAACCUUCUGAGCGAAGGGAACACACCAGCUAUAAUUACGUCGGCCCCCAGCACUAACAAUGCCAUCAUCACCAGCAGUAAUUGCUACUAUCCUGUUCGCCAAGGAUGUGGCAUAUUUCGGCACACACCAGCCGGGGCCAACAGCAAAGCAGCAACCAGCAAACGACUCACAACGAGAUUACGAAUGCUGAACAAUUUUUUUAAGUUCCGCGCGAAGCCGGUGAAUACGCAGAAAUCGUGUAACGCACCAACCGCGAAAAAGAAUGGUUUAUUCUCAUGUUCGAGCCGUCUACAAAUGAAAGCUACUAGUCCUGCCUGUGGGAAACCGUACAGCAAAGCGAACAUUUACAGUUUUACUUCCGAGACCACUCUCAGCGACCGUGUACCGACAGCAAACACGUCCUCGGCCGGCCUAACCUCAUCCGGUGGAUUGCGCCCAACGCCGACGAUAACCGCCGAUAAUGGACCCACAACCACCGGGGAUCCGCCAUCAAUUAAACAGUCAUCUACCGAGCGUACCGGACAAGUGUCUUACGUGACAGCGACAUCCUUUUCACGUCACGCCAUCCGGUCCACGUACAUGGAUAAGAGCAUCGAAACGAAGAAAAAGGUGAUCCGAAUGCUGUUCGUUAUCAUCGUCGAGUUCUUCGUCUGCUGGGCUCCGCUACAUAUCCUGAACACGGUUUACUUGUACUCACCGGCUUUCGUAUAUAAAUACGUCAGUAGUAACGGAAUAGCCCUGGUUCAACUGUUGGCGUAUAUCAGCUCCUGUUGUAAUCCAAUUACCUACUGUUUCAUGAACCGGUGGUUUCGACAAGCAUUCCUGAAUAUAUUUGGCUGUUAUCAACAUCGCAACAGUACGCUCGAAUACCUCUCGUGUACGGAUGUGACGCAGGCAUGGGGUAAUUCUAGAACUACGAAACGGCAUAACGAGACGAAAAACUUGCCAACGAAUAGCACCGCGUCAAUCAAACGAAAUCUUCAGGCUAGACAGCUUGCAGAGCUAGACAGCAAAUACUAUCAACGUACUUCAAACGAAUCUCGUCCGGCGCAAUCUUAUCGUUAAAAUAUCUUCUAGAUCGACAUUGAUGAAAUCAGUGGCCAGGUGUCUUCGCAAUACUGUUCAUGAUAAUAAAGUGAUAGAAGA